GGAAGUCGGGGGGCGCGCCAGCUCGGAGCGAGGGAGCGCCCGCGGCGUUGGUCGGGUUCGGGUCAGGGUCGACAUGGGGCGCGGCAGCGGCACCUUCGAGCGUCUCCUAGACAAAGCAACCAGCCAGCUUCUGCUGGAGACCGACUGGGAGUCCAUCCUGCAGAUCUGCGACCUGAUCCGCCAGGGGGACACACAGGCAAAAUAUGCUGUGAAUUCCAUCAAGAAGAAAGUCAAUGACAAGAAUCCACACGUGGCUUUGUACGCCCUGGAGGUGAUGGAGUCGGUGGUCAAGAACUGUGGCCAGACAGUCCACGAUGAGGUGGCCAACAAGCAGACCAUGGAGGAACUGAAGGAGCUACUGAAGAGGCAAGUGGAAGUCAGCGUCCGAAACAAGAUCCUGUACCUGAUCCAGGCCUGGGCACACGCCUUCCGGAAUGAACCCAAGUACAAGGUGGUCCAGGACACCUACCAGAUCAUGAAGGUGGAGGGAUUCGUUUUCCCGGAAUUCAAGGAAAGUGAUGCCAUGUUUGCUGCUGAGAGGGCCCCAGACUGGGUGGAUGCUGAGGAAUGCCACCGGUGCAGAGUGCAGUUCGGAGUGGUGACCCGCAAGCACCACUGCCGGGCAUGUGGGCAGAUCUUUUGUGGAAAGUGCUCCUCCAAGUACUCCACCAUCCCCAAGUUUGGCAUCGAGAAGGAGGUGCGCGUAUGUGAACCCUGCUAUGAGCAGCUGAACAAGAAAGCAGAAGGAAAGGCCACCUCCACCACUGAGCUGCCUGCGGAGUACCUGACCAGCCCCCUGUCCCAGCAGUCCCAGCUGCCCCCCAAGAGGGACGAGACGGCUCUGCAGGAGGAAGAGGAGCUGCAGCUGGCCCUGGCACUGUCGCAGUCAGAGGCUGAGGAGAAGGAGAGGCUGCGACAGAAGUCAACGUACACUGUGUACCCCAAGGCAGAGCCUGUACCUGUGGCCUCAUCAGCGCCCCCCGCCAGCAGCCUGUACUCUUCGCCUGUGAACUCGUCAGCACCUCUGGCUGAGGACAUUGACCCUGAGCUGGCUCGGUACCUGAACCGGAACUACUGGGAGAAGAAGCAGGAGGAGGCCCGGAAGAGCCCCACACCAUCGGCUCCCAUACCCCUAACGGAGCCGACCACCCAGCCCGGGGAGGGGCAUGUUGCCCCAGCCAGUGUGGUGGAGACUCCCCUCCCGGAGACAGACUCUCAGCCCAUAGCUCUGUCCGGAGGCCUCUUUAGUGAGCAGCAGUACCAGAACGGGGAGACCGAGGAGAGUCACGAGCAGUUCCUGAAGGCCCUGCAGAAUGCCGUCACCACCUUCGUCAACCGCAUGAAGAGCAACCACAUGCGCGGGCGCAGCAUCACCAAUGACUCGGCCGUGCUCUCGCUUUUCCAGUCCAUCAACAGCAUGCACCCACAGCUGCUCGAGCUGCUCAACCAGUUGGAUGAGCGCAGGCUGUACUACGAGGGGCUGCAGGACAAGCUGGCACAGAUCCGCGAUGCCCGGGGGGCCUUGAGCGCAUUGCGUGAGGAGCACCAGGAGAAGUUGCGCAGGGCAGCUGAGGAGGCUGAGCGCCAGCGCCAGAUCCAGCUGGCCCAGAAGCUCGAGAUCAUGCGGCAGAAGAAGCAGGAGUACCUGGAGGUGCAGAGGCAGAUGGCCAUCCAGCGUCUGCAAGAGCAGGAGAAGGAGCGGCAGAUGCGCCUGGAGCAGCAGAAGCAGACCAUCCAGAUGCGUGCCCAGAUGCCUGCCUUUGCGCUGCCCUAUGCCCAGCUCCAGGCGAUGCCCGCGGCCGGGGGCGUGCUCUAUCAGCCGUCAGGCCCAACCAGCUUCCCAGGCACUUUCAGCCCAGCAGGCUCAGUGGAGGGCUCCCCCAUGCACGGCGUGUACAUGAGCCAGCCGGCCCCAGCCACUGCCAGCCCCUACCCCAGCAUGCCCGGCACUGCAGCAGAUCCCAGCAUGGUGAGCGCCUACAUGUACCCAGCGGGGGCCACUGGGGCACAGGCAGCCCCUCAGGCUGGGCCCACUGCCAGCCCUGCAUACUCGUCCUACCAGCCCACUCCCACGCCAAGCUACCAGAAUGUGGCCUCCCAGGCCCCACAGAGCCUCCCGGCCAUCCCCCAGCCUCCACAGUCUGGCACCGUGGGCUACAUGGGGAGCCAGUCGGUCUCCAUGGGCUACCAGCCUUACAACAUGCAGAAUCUCAUGACCACUCUCCCCAGCCAAGACGCAUCUCUGCCGCCCCAGCAGCCCUACCUCGCGGGACAGCAGCCCAUGUACCAGCAGAUGGCACCCUCUGGUGGCCCUCCCCAGCAGCAGCCCCCUGUGGCCCAGCAGACACCCGCGCAGGGGCCACCAGCACAGGGCAGUGAAGCCCAGCUCAUCUCGUUUGACUGACCCCGAGCCGCAAGCUCACCGUCCAGAGUAACACUACAGUUCAUCCAAAACCGCCUCCGUCUCUUAAUUAGCUGGCAUUCCCCUGCCUCCCUCUCACUGCCCUGUAGUGUUCCUUCUCUGUGCGAGUAGGGGGUGGCCUUCUCUCUGAGCCUUCCUCGUUUUCUGUCCUCAGCCCGCUGGCUCCUAGGCUCCCUGCUGUGGUCCCUGACUUCUUUCCCCAGGGCUGGGCCUUGGGGAGGAAGGAUGGGAGGGAAAGACCUUCCAGGGGAAGCCCCCAGCCCCUUGUGUCAAGUCUUGGGUGGCUGGAGUGGGGACCCUCGGCCCGGUCACAGCCUGUGAUCUGCCAUCGCACUAUGGUGUCCAGGCAUGGCUCCCCGGGCUCCCCCUGCAGGGUCCUCUCCAGAGCCGAGGGUGGAGGCCUCAGGCCUCUCUAGCUUCUCUGCUUCUCAUCCGUCAUCUCUCCCCCGCCGAUAAUAAAAUGCAAUUC